UGCUGGCAGUAAACAGAAAGCACGCUGCCAGCCAGCAUUAUCAGUAGAGCGGUGACGCGGGAUGCACACGGUCAUCGCGCUGCUGCUGGCCGCGGCCGCGGCGUGCGCCCUCCCUCGCCCCAUGGGUCCCUCAACUGCACCAGGGCUGUCGCAGCUGAACCGUCAUCUCGGCCUCUAUCCGAGACCUUUUCGCAGCGACUAUAUUAUGCCUCGCAUGCUGAUGCCCAAUCCUUUGUAUGCUUACGAAGACGGUCCUCGAGGAAACCCAGCGGAUACUGAACAUGACUGGCUGAGCAAGGAAAUCGAUCUUAUUAGCCAAAUGGACGAUGAUGAGGACUUGAGUCCCUUCGAAGAGGAAUUCACUCGUUGGAUCGGUCGAGAACCAAAAGUACCGCGUACUUACGGACCAGUUCGAGAUAUUCCGUAUUUACCUACUAAUGCACCAGAAGAUGUUCGGCCUAUACCACCACCUCGGGAACUAGUCCCACCAGAGACACUGCCAGCCCCAGAGGCAUCGACUCAAAACCGUGAAAUAUCUACCAAACCACCCACAGUUCCGACGAAAGAUGAAGACAAGAAAAAGACAUUUGCUCUAACUCCUAAGGAUAAAGAAUAUUACGAGCCCGAAGAUAAAAUUGUGUCGCAAAAGGCUAGCGGACCGCACGAGGGCGGUGAAUUGAAAUCCCACAAAGCGUUAAACCUAAUAACAUUCCAAGCUCCUCGUCAGAUACGACAGAAUCCUAAUCUUGGUCGAACGAAGAAUUUGGUCGCUGAGAACUUGGACAGGCUCAGAGCUGGACUGGCAAAUAAGGACUACCGUAUACCUGUGUCGUUACUGCCAACCAACCUGCGCUGGUUGAGAGUAAAUCACCCCACUGACACUGUUCCGGAGGCGAGUACGCCGGAGAAUGCUGACGGAACUGAUAAGCCUCGCCACAUCCACGUGCUGGAGUCGGCAGCGGACCCCGCCGACUCGAUCUAUGGGAUAGCUCUGAUCGCCGCCGUGGGCACGGCUCUCACCAUGGCCAUCAUCGGCUUCGCUUUCGGCUGGUACACACUGAGUAAAAAAGCUAAAGCUGCAGCUGACGUGGACUACCCCGCCUACGGAGUGACCGGCCCUAACAUAGACACGUCAGGCGACAGGAAACUCGCUCACUCGGCGCACAUGUACCACUACCAGCACCAGAAACAACAAAUUAUAGCUAUGGAAAGGAACGGCUGUGAGCACCGUAACGGUUCUGUGUCUGACCCGGAGUCUGAGGAGGAGAAUGAGGAAGGAGAUUAUACCGUGUACGAGUGUCCUGGAUUCGCUACGACGGGCGAAAUGGAAGUGAAGAACCCUUUGUUCUCCGAGGACCCGACCCCGGCUACACCAGGCAAGUGUGAGAUAGUGAAGCCCCAGCCCAAGGACUAGGUCACUCAUGCGCACCCAUCGCGCACUAGCCUGGCGUCCGACGUUCAUUCUGCAAUAACUGUCUGACAUCCUAGCAUUCGACGCCACGGUACCCGCAGGAUCACGGCAAACCAUACUAGAAUAUAGAUCAAUGUAUUUAGUGUUUACGCGAUUUUAAUAGUGCACUUAUUUAGUGGGUCAUCAUCAUUAGCCCUUGCCAUCUCCUUGCCUUGCAUUGGGUGCGUUUUUAGCAGAGCUGGCCAGAAAUAUUCGACUACUGGUAGAUUAUCGUAUUCAUCGGCUGAUAUCUCUAGGACAACACACAGCUCUAUAUCGAAGAUCUCAACAUCAAAUCGAUGAUCAAAUCAUAUCGUUGUAAGUUCAGUGAUCGAUAUGCAUAAAAACACCUGUCGCUCAAUCUUGUGUACCUAUGUGUUAUCAAUAAUAUUAAGAACUUUUGGUCAUACCAGUAGGGUAACCACGAUAUAAUUGCACAAUUAGGAUCGCAGACAAAUUCAUUUUCCUGAUGUUAUUAACACAGUGUAGGUCGUUCAUAACAAGUAGCAGUCAUAAUAUAUUAAGCCACGAAAACUAUAGAACUGCGCACAAUGUUUGUUCCACGAUUAUAUAAUAAACAAUAUUUUAAAUAGAACUCUUAAUUCAUUAUACUACAUUACAGGUUGAAAUUUUAAUCAUUACCCUAUAUGGAGUACGUAGAUGAUUUUAUGGCUGUUUUAAAAUAGAUAUUGAAACUUAUCAACAGUUUGAAUGUCACCUCAGUAUGAUUCCAACGAAUUUUGUUUUGAAUACAGUUUGUACCUUUAUAUUUAUCCUACAAGGUAAAUGUCUAAGUUCCUAUAAAUCCUAUGUAUUUCAAAGAUAUUUAUGAUUUAAAGGAAUCGUUGUAUUCGCCCUUUCUUUCAUUAAACAAACUACCUACUCUGAAAGUUCGUACAUCGGGCCUUUGGAUUAUAUUUCGAUAACUUCACUUAUUUAAUCUAUAUAAUAUCCCUAUAUAUUAAACAGCUCGGAUAAAGCAAGAUAUGUUGGAUACAACUAACGAUUUUAAUACAUUCCCAUUUUAAUCCAGUAUUGAUUCGGCCUAAAUAUGAGUAAUAAGGUUUUAAUACUUGUACAAUUUUAUUCAAGCUGCUACUGUGAAUGUAAAUACUGUUUUAGGAAAAAUAUUCGUUUUCUAGUUCAUGGAUGGUUCAUGGUUCUAUGAUGCCUACAUGACUUACCCCUAAGAAAAUAUUGGAGCUUAAAUAAUGAAAUAUAAAAAAAAUAUCGUAACCCCUAAAAAGUCAUUUAAAACACAUUUAAAGUAAUUAUGACUGCUUAUAACAGCAUUUAUUUGUUACGCCAUGCAUAGCUGCGAUCGAUGACACGCCUAACUAUUGACGAUACAGGAAUCAAUCGGUAUUUACAUCAUAUGAUAGGAAUUAUAUAAAACCCUUUGCAUUGUAAAUAAAUUAUAUUUCCUUAAAACCUAUAUAUAUAUUUAUCGUUUUAAAAAAUAAAACAAGUUUUCUUGUUUCGUCUUAUGGUAUUUUAACGUUUAAAUUAUAUACCAAUUAUUUACCAAAAAUAUAUAAAUGUAAAAAGCUAAUGAAAUUUUAACCUGUGCAUUUGUGAACAUAAUCCGAGUUGCAUACCUACAUAUCUUCUACAAUUUACCUUGUACUAUUUCCUAAAUGUCUAAUGUAACAAUAUGGAAUAAGUAUUUACUAAUUAUCACUAAACGAAUCAUGUAUUAUAUAUACAUAACGAUACAACACAAAAACCUCAUCGUAGGAAUUCAAACUGUAACCGCUGUCGUCAUAAGAUAUUAAUAAAUAUAAUUCCUAGAUAUCACUUUAUUGUCUGUAGUAGAAAUCUUACAGAUUGGUAUUUUCGUAUUGUUGUUAUAUACAUAUGUAUGGGAAUGUCCGAUAAAGUUGAACAUGGUAAGUGCGAGUGGGGCGGUCAACACUCGUCGGGACUGAAUAAGGCUCAAUCAGAAAAUCGCUCACACGUGUUGAAUAUUUAAGAGGGAACUUGAAAUUCCGAUGCAGUGUGCGGCGUUGGUUAACCGUGUGUGUUGACAUGGUGUUCACUCAUUAGAGCUGAGGCUGUAUAACAAUGCACGGAGCAGUCUGCGCCAUGGCUACGUCACAUACUUAGAUAGGAAACAGAAUUGCCCCGCUUUAUUCGAAUUACGUCACAGCUAAUUUCUCCUUUAUUUCAAAGUGUGUUUUUAUUUAUAUUUUGUUAAAAUUCGAGAGAGAUAUAUUUUUUCCCAUUCUAUGGAUCUAUAUAUUUGUUAGAAUAGUAGAAAUAUAUUAACUUAUAAAUGAAUAUUAAUUGAAUUGAUGUUACCAUACUAAUCACUAGUAGCAUGUCAAAUAUUGUGUAAUAAUGAAAUUAUAAAGAGCAGGUAUGACCUGUUUAUGGGAAUCUAGUUAUUUUUCGAAUGUUGUAUGUACUAUUCUGCUGUCAAUUGUAAUUGACUGAAAAUCUCACCGUGCCAUGCACCUAGUUUACCAGGAGCAAUAUGUAACAGCACAUUGUUUUAAUAACUUUAAUUGCUGAAGAACAAAAUAUUAACUUUCCGUUUGACUAUGUCUCUAAUUCAAAAUUUAAACUUGAUUUACCAGUUGAUCGCUAAAAUGUACUGAGUAUCGAAUUAGGUAGCUAUUGCGUCUUAAAUUAUACUAAAAAUUGUUCCCAUGAAAUAUAUCAAAAUUUAAAAAAGUAUGUAUGAUAAGAUAAUAUUCACUUGACUUCAGCAACUAUGUACGAUCACGUAAUUAAAUGUAGUAGUCAUUGUUCACUAAUAAAUUCAACAAUAGCAGUUAUAAAUAUUAUAAUAUCUCAAUAUUAUCACGGAAUAUAAAUCAAUGUAUUUAUCUUAUGUGUAUUUCAAUUCGUUCUGAUUAUGUAGUUUUAAAUGGAUUAAUGUGAUAUAUUUAAUUACAUAUUAUAUGUAUACAAUGCAA